AUGUCCACAACCCUGUCCAUCAACCCAAUGUCUUUCUCACCAAUGCCCAUCAGAAGGCUUUGGGGUUCUCACAGGGUAAAUUGCACAUCAGGUGUCGUUCAUCAUAAGAAACAGCUUUUCUGUAUUGCACCACACCGUGGCCGAGCGUUUAGCUCGACGAGGCGCAAUGCAGCAUCACGAUCGAUAGACAUCCUCCCACCUCGCAGAAAUUUCCAUCUAAGAGAAACUCCAGCUCACGAGCUUCUCUGUCUCGAAUGGUCUCAGCCUCCACGGAACCUCCUAUUGAUCAAAAAGGAUUGCUCCGAAAACACCACCGAGGCUCUCAAAGAAUUCAGCAAGCAUGUGGACUCGACCUAUCCAGGGCUUAACAUCAUCAUAGAAUCCAAAGUAUCCUCGGAGAUCGGACAUGAGUUGGCUCUUGAUCAUUUCACCUCCUCAGAUUCCGCCGAUCUACCACGAAAGUACGAUGACAAAGUCGACCUUGUAGUGACGUUUGGCGGCGAUGGGACAAUCCUGCAUGCUGCUUCUCAAUUUGCUGCAUCAUCCGAAGUUCCACCAAUUCUUUCGUUCAGCAUGGGUACCCUUGGUUUCUUGAGCGAGUGGAAAUUUGCCGAGUACAAGCGUGCAUUUCGAGAGGUUUAUAUGUCGGGUGCCGCCUCUGAAAGACACGCUGUCAUCCAAGGCUCGUCUUCCAAAGAGUCGAGCUCACAAAGUGAUUGUACAGGCUGGUCAUCAGUACGUGGAAAGUCGAUGGGUCCCACACGAGGAGCAAGAGUGCUGGUACGGCAGCGUCUGAAAGUUGGUAUUUUCGAUGCAAAAGGCAAUCGACUCAGCACUAACGGAGAUGCUGCGCACGAUGCGCAUGCAAUGAACGAGGUCAUCCUUCACCGAGGUCGAGAUCCACACCUCGCUAUUGUCGAUGUGUAUGUUGGCGGUCGUUUCCUUACUGAAGCCGUUGCCGAUGGUAUGAUUAUCUCAACCCCAACUGGCAGCACGGCGUAUAGCCUGAGUGCUGGCGGAAGCAUCAUACAUCCAUUGGUGCCAUCUCUGCUGCUGACACCCAUCUGCGCUCGAAGCUUGAGUUUCCGCCCUCUGAUCCUGCCAGCAACCACACCAAUAAGCUUGAAGUUGAGUGAAAAGAAUAGAGGACGCGAAGUGGAAGUCAGCAUUGAUGGCAUAAGAAGGAAAGAUGGCAUUGGCGUUGGCGCUGAAGUUCGCGUCUCCGCAGAAGAUAUCAAGAGCGAAGGUGACGGCUUUGUCGGUGGUAUUCCUUGCAUAAUGCGAAGAAUUAGUGGCGGAACGGAAUCGGACGAUGGUUGGGUGGGCGGAUUGAACGGACUUUUGAAGUUCAACUACCCCUUUGGCGAAGAAAUGUGA